CACUGAGACAGUGCCAGCGAUAACAGAUUACAGAGAGUGAGAUUUUCUUCAUUCAACUUCCAUGGCGAAUGGAUAGAAUCGAAUAACCUUACAAUCCAAAAUGCUUCUAACUCACGCUUUCUCCUCCUUCCACAUAAAGCCACUCCGUUCCUCAUACAUUCCAAUUUCUUCCUGUUCUUCUUCUCCUCCAACACGACGUCGUUUGCUAAAAACCACCACCACUCGCAAAUCGAAUCUCAAAAUUCUCACCUCACGUAUAGUUCAACUCACUCGCAGAAAACAGCUUCGUCAGAUUUUGAAUGAAAUUGAGGUAGCGAAGAAACGUUUCGGGAAGUUGAAUACGAUAGUGAUGAAUGCGGUUAUGGAGGCUUGUGUUCGUUGCGGUGAUAUUGAUUUGGCUGUUAGGAUUUUCGAAGAGAUGAAAUGUCCAGAAGCUUGUGGUGUGGAUACUGUCACCUAUGGUACACUUUUGAAGGGUUUAGGCAAGGCACGGAGAUUUGAUGAAGCUUUUCGAUUGCUUGAAUCUGUUGAAAAGGGUACUGCUGUGGGAAGUCCAAAGUUGUCAGCACCAUUGGUCUUUGGUUUGCUAAAUGCCUUAGCAGAAGCAGGAGACUUGCGUCGUGCAAAUGGCCUCCUUGCCUGUUAUGGUUUUGUGCUUCGUGAAGGCGAACAUUUUUCAGUCUCAGUAUACAACCUAUUAAUGAAGGGGCAUAUAAACUCAGGCUGUCCUGACGCUGCAAUAAACAUGCUCAAUGAAAUUUUACAUCAAGGAAUAAUGCCUGACAGGCUCACAUAUAACACACUCAUUUUAGCAUGUGUUCAGAGUGAAAAGUUGGAUGUUGCCAUGCAAUUAUUUGCCGAAAUGAAGGAAAAAGCGGAGAAAUUUUUCCGUGAUGAUCUGUUUCCAGAUAUCGUUACAUACACAACAUUGCUCAAGGGUUGCGGGCAGGCAAAUGAUCUCGUUUCAGUUAUGCAAAUAGUGCUGGAAAUGAAAUAUCGUUCUGAGUUAUACAUUGAUAGAACUGCUUACACUGCAACAGUUGAUGCUCUACUAAAAUGUGGCUCAUUUAAGGGUGCUCUGUGUAUUUUUGGAGAAAUACAGAAGCAGGUUGGUUUGAAACGAGAGUUGAGACCAAAGCCUCAUCUCUAUCUUUCCAUAAUGCGCCCCUUUGCUUUUCGAGGAGAUUAUCAUCUUGUUAAAAAUUUGCAUAAGCGGAUUUUGCCAGAUACUACAGGAACCAUCUUACCAGUUGCCCAAGAAGAAGCUGACCACCUUCUAAUGGAAGCAGCCUUGAACGCUGGCCAGGUUGAUGUCGCUAUUAAAACUCUUACAUAUAUUGUUUCAAGAUGGAAGGGCAUAUCCUGGACAAGUCAUGGAGGCAUGGUUGCUUCUCGCAUUGAGGCCUUGUUGGGAUUCUCAGCAUCUUUAUUCAAUCCGUUCUUACUUCCUCAGGUUUCACCUUCUGAACCGGUUGAGGGUUUCAUGAUACCAUUUGAAGCAACUCGGCCACUACAAGGUACCGUAAAGCUGAAGAAUGUGGUAAUGCGUUUCUUUAAUGAUGCUGUAGUUCCUAUUGUAGAUGAGUGGGGAAGUUGUACUGGGUUGUUGCACCGCAAAGACUGCAAUCAGUUGGAUGCUUCACUUUCAACAAUGAUGAGGAGCCCUCCUCCCAGUGUUAUGGCUUCGACAUCUGUUGGUCAUGUAAUUGAUUUAAUUUUGGAGAAGGGUUACCCAAUGGUUAUCAUUGUAAAUUGCACCGACGUGUAUGCUACUUCAUACGGCUGUAGAGCUGUUGGUGUUUUUACAUUAGAACAAUUGAAAAGACUUAUAAAACCUGUAUCUGAAGGGAAAGGGACAGACCUUUCACUUUGCAGAAGAUGAUAAUAUAACGUAUUUAGUUGUACCUAAAUGUCAAAUUUAAUUUUAGUGGUGUCAAAAAAUGCAUAGGCUUAAAAUCAAGUAGUUUCCACCUGGGUAAAUGAAAAUUUUCUAGUUAACUGCA